CGACGAGUCACAAAUGGCGGGCAAACCGUCGAACGACGCAAACCUGUUAGGAAUCACCUCAGAAUGGUUCCUAGACUAUUGUACUUAUCAGCUUUGGAAGGAAUUCAAAGAAAAACACUCAUUUUCUGGCUUCUGGAGAAACGCUCUACAGGGUAAGUUUUGUCAAUAAUUCAGUGCAGAAUUCCUUCAUCGAAGGUAACUUUACCUUGUUGGUAAACUUAAAUUUUGUCUCUGUUUACAAACUGACACGUGCUUACUUUGUACAGAUUACUUGUUAAGUGGUCGACACUCUGAAGUAGGGAAAGAACUCUCAGAUAAGCUCAAUUGCAUCAGAUUUAUUAUUGGAUUGUGGGAGUGUCAAGAAGAUGAUGUUGGUGGAAGUCAGGAAAGUUCCCCUUCUGAUGAUGAAGGUGACUGUGAACAAACCGAAAAAGGGAUGCUGGGACCGGAAUGUCUGAAAUUCUUCGAAAAAGUAACGUGCAUCUUUCCGUUUUCUCAGGCUGAGCGGUCUCAUAUGAAAAGCAGUUUAAAGUUACAGGUAAUGAUUUUGUAUCGUAGUUGAGCCACGAUUAAAUAUCACUCGCGAAACAGGCUGUUCCUAGCUGAAAAGGUUGAUGACGGCAGGUAUCAGCCUAAGCUGAUACUUACCGGCAGCUCGACCCUAAUACCUAAAGUCACGAGAAUAAAGGAAAUGACCACCAACUAAAGAAGCUCUUGAUUGUUAAAAAAAAUUACCUUUGUCAGCUCCUUAUGAAGUGUUUAGAGGACAGUAUGGAAAAUAAGCCUUCUGAUGUUAGAGUGUAUUAGAGAUUCACAGUUCAUUGAAUUGCCAGCUUUGACAUCUAUCAAACUCAGAAUGGUCAAGAUAGUGGAGUGUUUAUGAGCUUGAACCCUGCCUGUUUAUCACUGAAAUGUUUACAGCUUAUUGGUAUCAUCUGUGAGCUAACUUACAACAAAUGAAACUUUUAAUUCAGAGCCACCUUAAUUUUUUUAUAAUUUUUUGGUACCUCUCAAUGUUAUGAAAAUAUUUUUUAUCAUUUUCUAUAUAAAUGAAAGUGGAAAAAAAUAGGGGUCACUAAACUUUUUCUUUUAGCUACAGGGACCCACUAGGUUUUUAUUAAGUGUUCAUGCACUGCUAAGGAACCUAGCUCUAAAACACUACUGCCUAACUGAACAAGUGCUAACACUCAAUUGCUUUUUAUUCUGUGGCUACUGUUACAAACAAACUAAUGGCAUAGCCAUGGGUACCAAAAUGGGACCUAGAUACAUCAAUCUUUUCAUAAAUUUUAUCGAACACCAAUUUUUCAGUCAUUACAAUAGCCCUAAAGUUUCUCAGACUUUGUUGUCUGCGUAGUGACGACUCUGAUUUUUCUGAAAAAAUUUUCCCCUUUUAUUCAUUUGUAACUAAAAAUUACAAAACUUUUUUGAGCCAUCCAACAGUAAGCUUUAGCCACUUGCCCAUGUUGCCUUCUCUGCUUUUAAGUAAUUUGGUACUUCACAGGAAUUUUGACAGAGUUCAUCAAUUAAUUGAUUAAUGAUUGAUUAAAACUUAUCUCCUUUCCUCACAGAUCAUCCUAUCAUGUUACAGAUGUGGUGACAUUCAAAGUGCUGAAAACUUGUUUUCUAGAUUGUACAGUGAGAAUGGUUAUGAUGAAGUAAGUUACAUGUAAUUAUUGCUACAUUUUACCAUUUACUGGAUAUACUACUCAAUUUACUGUAGAAAAGUACAAGGCUAAACUAUUCAUCCAAGAAAAGUCUAACAGCCAAGGACAUUCACAAAUCCCCUUUGUGUUCAAAGUAUAUUCUAGUAAAAAAAUCUGUCAAUAGUAGUUGAGAGAGUACUUUUCCCAUUUGUUGUAAGGGAAUUUAUGGGAUCAAUUGUAGGUUUAUCUCAGUCAAAUGGUGUGUUUUUUUAUCAUUUGUAUAUGUUUUUCUGUUGAAAGGUUGGCGUUCACACACAUAGUUUUUUGGUUGAAGCCUUGUUUCUCACCAAUAUAUGUGAUAGUUCCUUUUUGAAUUACUAAGUGGUGUUUCUCUUUGAGCUCCUGAAAUAGUUGGCUGAUGGGUUGAUUAAGCAAGUUGGAAACAUGGGGUGGAAAUCAAUUAUAUAGGCAGACACUGUUUUCGGAAAUGAAAGUGUUUACAUCUAACAUACUUGGUGUUCUGUGAAUGGAUGGUAGUAUCCUAUUUAGCACAAAUUGGGACAAUAUGUCUUUGAAAAAGUUGGAGUGAUGUUUGUUACAGUCCAAAAAAAUUUGAGCAACAAAUUAACUUAUGGGAAAUUGAUCCUAAAAGCAGUCCCUUAACUAUUGUCAGUUUUUUAUGAAAAUCUUAAGUUGUAUUUUUUAUUGUCCCAUUUAAAAUCUGCUAUCUCCGUAAAGACUAUAUAGAAGCUAUGUUUAGUACAUGAUUUACAAUACAGAGUUUUGUCUGAUACUGUGGCAAUAAUUGUUUUGAGAUAUUGCUGUUAAAUUUUUAUUAAUAUAGACCCAGCCAAAGGUAUGAUUGAUUUCUUUUUAACAGGAGUAUCAAGAUGACCUCAGGGAGUUAUUUCAAUCUGAAAAUGAUACGUUCAUAGAAACAUUCUUGGGAAAGCACACAUAUGAAAAGUUUCUCAACCAAGUUCAGAAGUUUUUUACCCCAGCAUGGAAAAAGUUUGAAAUUCCAGUUUUAGAAGAGGUAAAAAAAUUAACUCCUAUAUCUUAUACAUUUUGCUGUACCUAGUUGUAAGGAAUCAUGGAUAUGAAUCCUGAAAAAAUCCAGAUUUUUCUUGAGUACAGAAUUCAUCUUUUUGGGAGAACCCCUGACAACUGCUAUUCUGCUCAGGCUAUAUCAUUUUGAGUGCAACCUUGAGUGGAAAAUGAAAAUGAUGGUUUGGAAAAAAGUGUGAAAAGUCUUAAAUUUUGCACACUGAUGUGUGUUUAUGAAUCCUGUGUGAAGCAUUAUUGCUAAGUGACCCUCCAUCACCUUAAAUAUUUAGAACAAUACUGUAGUGUACCAAUGUUAAGCUUAGUUUUCUCUUUUCCCCUUUAUAAGUGAAUAGUAUCAUUAUAGUAAGUUUUACUUUCAAUUCUUGCUUAUUUUAGGCACCUUUGCUGGAGAAUGCAACCAAAGAAAGGUAUUUCCUCCCAUUUUAGGCCUUGGGCUUUGCUCUUUCACAGAGAGAAAUCUCUGCAGACAAAUAUGAAAGUUGAAGUAUAUGUUUUAGGCCAAAUGGAAGAAAUUUUUAGGUAUACAUGUAGAGGUUAUGCCAUGCCUUCCAUAAGUAGUUUCUAAACCUGAAUGAAAAGACAGUUAUCAUAUUUUUGAAUUUAGGUUUUUCAUAACACUUGGAAAUUAUUAUAAAUUCCUAGGUUUUUGUCAUGUACCUCAUCCUUUGGCUUUGGCAGUUAACAUGAAUUCAGACCUUGGUUAUUCUUACUGUUUUGCUUAACCUUAUCCAGUUAAAAUUAUUUUGUUGAAUGAUGAUAAGAAUAUGCCAGUUGUGGUUGUCUCCAUUUGAUUUCAUCUCAAUUACUUGGCUAGAUAGAGUUAAUAUGGUUGAUCACUCUUACCCUGAGGCUUAUAUAAUACUUCUUGAAUACAUGGAAGGUCAAUUUUAACUAACAGGUCAAGGGGUGAGUAAUAAAUAGAAAGGAGACCACUAAACAUGAUGAAAAUACACUGAAUGAUAUAGAAUAAGAAAUAUGGUUAAUUCAAGCUCAGCUUAGCUGUCGAAAAACGAUAGUUAUCAUUUGUCUGUGACCAGCGUAGGGAAAAAAAUUCCAUAUCUUUCUUAUGGGAAACCUCUAUUCUUGAUGCAAAUGUUGCUUAAAAGGCUGUAAAUAUAUUAAAUAUGCAUGGAUUCAUACAAUUGGAAGGAUAUGUCUCCCAAAAGAAUCAUGUCUGUGUUCCAAACAUUUUGAGGACCAUUGCUUCCAUGAAUCAUACCUAAUGGAAGAAUGGAUAGCUUUGUUUACAAGAGAAUGACUGGAUACACAUUUGAUAACAGAGGCCCAGCAACUAUCACAUGUCAUUAUCUCAGAGUGCUUUAGGCACCUAAUAAGAUGGCGGAUGUGGAAAGUUCGAACUUGCUGUAAAGUGCAGUUUUGAAGGCUGAAAAAAAUUUCACUAGUUUAGAGGAAUAAUUUUUAAGAACCAAAUAUCUUGUGUUUGAUACAUUUAUAGCCUUUUGAGUUAAAUGUUUGCUGUAAGAGUGGAGGUUCCCUUUAAUGCCUAUACACUCCUGUGACAUUGAUGACCCCAGCAGUAUGCAAGAAGCUUGUUGUACAUAUUCAUGUAUAUUUCUUAGCUUGCCAAAGAUUUCUCUUUUGUUCAGUGGCAGAACGAUAGACCACAAAAGCAGCAAGUCAGGGGCUUAAUUCAUCAUGGUGUACUCAGAUUUUUUUCUUUCAUUGUUUGUGUAGAACAAAGAAAGUGAAUGCUAAUUGUCUUAGGUGAUUAAUCUGUGUUAUAAGUGUAAGAAUUGAAUUUACUCUUACAGGCCCAGGAUUGAUGCAAAAACAAUAAAAGCCCUUUACUUUGCUUGCGAUACAUCAGAUGAAGUUGAAGAAAACUGGAAAAGUAUUGUGGAAGGAACCCAUCCUGAUAUUAGCAUUUUGAAGAAAAAAAUUGGUAGAGAAAAGAUAAAAACAACACCUCCAAUUUUACCUCAACAAGGGGUAUGAUAAUGGCAUUUUUGUUUAGACCAAUGAUAUGUUAACUGUUAGAUAAUGCUAGUGAGAAACCCUUGUUUCAUUGUUUGAGGCCAGAAUACCAUAAUGAUUGCUUUUAUCUACCUGUGACAUGUACAACAAAGGGAUCUCAAACUCCAAAGUUUCCCCUGGGUUCUCAUGUGGUUAUGUCAUGUGUGUUUAUUUUUGCUUCUUCUUUAAGAAAUUUGAUAGUGUUUGAAACUAAGUCAAUGUAAUGCCCCCUUAUCUUCAAAACAAAUAACACAGAGUCAGUUUUGUAUGGCCUGGGAAAGUAGAAAUGCAAUCAAUACAUAAUUUUCUCAAAUACAGCAUGUUUUAAAAGUUAAUUGUCUCUCAGCAUGAAGAGUGAACCAUUUGAGAAAAAAUUGUCAAAAUCUGCUGAGUUGCAAAACUAGAGUUGAUGUCACCUAUAACCUUGUUUUUGUCUAGUGUUCUUCUGUUUAAAUUCAGAAUAUGCAGAUAUGAAAGUUACUGAGUUGAGCUUAAACAUGAACAAAAUAUCUGGGUGGGUGUGGGGGGUGUUGGGGGCGGUGUGUGGGAAGGAUGGGUUCCUAGCUCUUGAACUGACUUUAUCUACUCUAUCCCUUUACCUAUGUGACAGGGGAAAGCAUUCUUCAUCAAAUCUAACGUAUUCUUUCUUCCCAAAGGUUACAAAAAGCAAUGCAGAAGCAAGUAGCACAACUGCAGGGAGUAGUAUGGUACACAGGAUUCAGCAAUGUCAAGUAGUAAUCAAUAAUUUGAAACAAUCUUCUAAAAACCUUUUGUAAGUGCUUCAAGCUUUCUUCUUUGUUAAAUUCCUAUUUUUUGGUAAUAACCUUUACCACACAUCUGAAUGUGGAGAGUUGGUUUACAAUUUUGCUGCAAAUGAACUUUUCCUUAUGGAAAAAUGUGACAAGCAUAUUUUGUGGGGUAUUGCAAUGUUUUAACUUUGGACUUUUGUGUACCUCUAAGAUUUGUAGGUUGAAAAAUAUAUUCUUCAGAAAAUAUUGACAAUUCUUAUUAGAUCCUAAAGUAUACUUUAGGUUCUUGCUGCUACAUAUUAAAGAGUAAGCCCUCUGCUGCCUGAUUGUCAAGGAUUGGGCAUGUUUUUGUUGAAAAACCUCAAGCUUUUGAAAAAUCUAUUAGAGUAUUUCAUGUAUCUUCACUAGCACCCUCCCCUUGCAGAAGUUUUUGGUAUGAUUGGAUUUAGACAUGUAUUUUUCAUUGCAUUUUACAAGAGGUUUACAAACGAUGAGUGAAAAUGGAAGGGAUGAAAAUUAAGUUUUUAAUCAAGCUCAUUCUUUUUGUACCAGAGUCAAUCAUCAAGCACCUAUGUUACUAUAGCUAAGAUUCCACUGAAAUUUGUUUGGUUGAUUUUACUUCAAGGCUAUGUUGUGCCUUAUUUUUCAAAACAUUUGAGUGAGUCUUGAGGUCUUACCUUCUGCCUUGAGGGGUGACAAAAUGUUCAUAGAUUUCUACGGUUUUGUUUUCAACAGUUUUGUUUUCUAUUUCAAUGACUUUAGCUCUGGAGUAAGUAAACAGCACUCCUAUAAGGUGGCAGCAAAAGCUGGGCCAAGCAGAGUUAUCGAUGACAAAAACAAUGACAAUGACAAGAAUGAUGAUGAUGGGGAGAGUGAGAGGCAUUGCAAGACCAUUGUUGCUCUACCAGUCAGGUAGAAAGGAUUUUCUCUAGCAGUGUUAUUAGCCUUCAUUUGCUUAAAGUAGAGAUGUUUGUUGAUUACCAUUGAUAACAAAGUUUUAGGAUACCUCCCGUUUGGGGUUUUAUUUUUAAAAGAGCUUGGUUACAUUUUGUACAAACAUUUACCAAAAGUGGUUUGAUAAAAAAAUCAAAGUUCUGUAGUUUCAUUGCUCCAAAAUCUAAGGAUUGACAGGAAUUUUCAUUUUAAGUAUAGUAACAAUGCUGGUAAGCAUCAUAGCUAAAAUUGGUAAUGAAUUUAAUUGUUCUGGUACUGAAUAUGGAAUUUUCUAAAAUGUUACAAAUGAGCUGAAGGUUAGAAGAAGUAAAAAGGCACUAAGCUUACAAAAAGGCCACCUCUUGGAUCUGGCAUACAUCUCUAACAUUGAGCUUUCCUUUUCUAUGAAUAUUUCAAUAACUCUAUAACAAAUAUGGUGAAGAGGGAGAAUAGGGUUUAUUGAAAUGUUCUUCCAGUUAACAAGUUUGCAGAGAGCUCAGUAUUACAGGGAUUGAUUUUUUAAAUAAGUACUUUGAUUUGAGUAUUUGAUAGCUUGUUUUUGAGCAAAGGGCAUCCUCUUAUGAGUUAUGGCCCUUAGGGACUUGGAUUCAUCUGGGAGUGUGGAUUUGAUGUGGUUUGAUCAAUGAAGACUCUGAAUAUUAAAAUUGUUAAUUCAUGAAUAGUAAUGAUAUUAUUUUGUCAUUGUUGACCUAGCAUAUCUAGCCCUAGUGGAAGUAAUCAACACAAAAGAGAGAGGAAAUCUUUAGAAAAACGGACAAUAAAGAGAAGGUAUAAUGAAAAUCAUAGUGAUGCUGAAGAAAUAGAUUGGGCCUCAGACGACGAGGAAACAGUGUUUAAGCACAAAUCAAUUAGUAAGUCUUAUAGCUGGGUAUAUCACUCUGAACAAUUUAAAGUGUUCUAGCUAGAUUAGUUUGAUGAAACAGUCUCUCAAGCGAUUGAAAAGGUUUUUUUAUUGUGCAAAAAGUUAUCAAUAAUAAUUAAGAAUUAAUUCAAUUAAUUAAUUCAUUAUCUAUCAUAUUGUUCCAUGGAAGAGGGCUUUUUUUCCAAUCACAUUUGUGGGAGGGAGGAUGGGAGCAGAGUAUUUUAAAACUUGACUUGAAGUGGUAUAUAAUUGUUGUAUGAUCACGAUUAGCUCUACUCUUUGGAGGCCUAUUUUUUAAAUUGCCUUUUAGGAAAUUUUUACUGACCGAAUCCCCUCUUGAAAAAAAAAAAAUGAUAAAUCAGCAUUUAAGAGUCAUUAUUGUAGAGAUAUCAUCUCCUUCCAUUAGCUCCUACCUUGAUUCAGUAUAAUGGUUCUUAAAAUUAAAACAGAAAUGAAAUUUUUUAUACCAACUGGGUCACUGCAUCAGUCAAUCAGAAUAUCAUUCUGUGAUACAUAUAAAUCUGUGAAGUAUAGGGUAACUUUUGAUGUCAGUCAUGGAGGGUGGGAGGGUUAAUGUAAGGGAGAAAUAACCUUUAAAACUAAGAGGAGAUUUUUAUCUGUGAUGGUGGCUGUACAGUACAAAAGGUGCUUCAAACGCUUUCAGAAACAUGAUCUGAAAUGAUUUUCUUGUGCAGCACUUCCUUCCCCGGCUAAACCACGACAUCUCAAUAUCAAGCUCCCUGUUGGUUCAGCAAAGAAGUUUUGGAGCGCUGAUGAAACAAGAUGGUUAGAAGAGGGUGUGGAACUAUAUGGCACAGGGAACUGGGCAAAGAUACUGAAAAAGUAUAACUUUGUUGGGCGAACAUCAGUUAAUCUCAAGGAUAAGUGGCGUAAUUUAAAAAAGAACAGUUGAUAAUGAGCAUGUGGAUGAAUGAGAUGGAUAGUUUAAUGUUUCUGUCUGUGAUGUAUAUAGUAAUUUUUGUAUAUUUAUGGAAAUUCCUUGCCAUCAAUAUU